CAAGCUAACUGCGCUCAUUUACUUGUUAUAUUCGCUCUUCACUGAUUGGCCCGUUAACAUUUCUCCACCAAAUUCCUCUCUUUUUAUCCUCUUUUUUCACCAACUAAAGGGUUAUUUUCGGCAUUGCAUGAGGCUUCCAUUCGUACAUUUAUCAGUAGACGACUUUUUGGCGUUCGUCGGUUUGUAUCACUUAUUUGACAAAAGUCGUUCUCUGCCAAUAGGAAAAUGCGAUUGCCGCGUUCGUCCCGUUGGAAAGCUCCUGCCUUUCUCGGCUGGGCCUUUGAUUUACUUUGUGUAGAUCACUCACCUCCCACACCCUGCUCAUCACUUCCUGUUCUUUCAAUCGUUCUUGGGUGACUCUUUUUGAUUGAGCUCUCUCAUUCCCAGCAUUAAUUCACUUGGCCAUAAUUUUUUCACCUGACAAGCACUUUUCCUUUUGCCUUGAACGAUACCAUAUCGAGAACAUUGGAGUUCGGCCCAUUGCAAGCAUUCGGUUUCUCCAUUUGGAGUCACUUGAAUUGACUCAACAAUGGCUACCGCGGGAAUCUCAUCUGCUAAUUCACGCAACCUUUCCGCGGGCGUCACUGCAGCCUUGGCUUCAGCCUUGCUUGAAUGGUUGCUGAUCUCUUUCCUGUUCGUUGAUGCUGUCUUUUCCUUCAUCAUUACGAAAUUCGCAUGCCACUGCCAAUUGCAAAUGCCAUGCCUGCUGUGCUCGAGGCUUGAUCAUGUGUUAGGCAAGGAGAGAAAAGGAUACUAUUGGAACUUGAUUUGCAGAGAUCAUAAGUUGGAGAUUUCUACCUUAAUUCUUUGUCGUGCACAUGACAAGCUAGUUAAUGUUCAUGGGAUGUGUGAAGAUUGUCUUUUCUCCUUCGCUACUGUCAAUAAAUCCAAUUCCGAAACUUGCCGGUUACUGCUCGGUAAAUUGGGGGAGGGAUCUAAGAUCCCGUAUGACCAGGACCCGUUAUUGGAUGACCAUAAGGUUUCUCUCUCAACCACAAAACAAUGUUCUUGUUGUGACGAGCCAAGGGUCUUUCGGGGUAAUGAUCCAAGGUUGGUAUUGACCAAGUCAGUCAGGUCUGAGGCUACAGAAUUUGAUAUUCCAUCAUCAUCAGGUGAUAUUGGAACCAAUUUUCAUGAGAAGUGGACGUCAGAACCGCCUGUAUCAGUGAGAGCAACUCACCUAAGAAUAAUUAGUCAGAUUGAUCCUUUGUCUCAUGUCGGGUACACAGAACUGAAGCUCACCUCUGAUGGUGAGUCUGAAGUUGCUUUAUCUGAUGAUGAUGAUGAUGUCAUAAGCACUCCAAUUCGCGAAACACGUGAUACGAAGGAAGAUAUAAAUGCUCAAUGUGUACGGAGGAAGCCUUGUGUCAUUGACUUAGAUGAGGAUUUGGCCUCAGAAAAACCUAUAUGCUCAGCUUCUCCGUGUAAACCAUCAAUAGAAUCAGAGCCAGGGAUGCAUUCAGAAUACAAAGAUACUCAUGGAAGUAAAUCUGCAGCAGCAACCACAGUGGAAGCUUCAAAAGAAACCUGUGACGAUUUGACAACUUGCACGGUGGGACUGACAUCUGAGCAACGGUCUACCAUAGGGGACGAGGAAAUCAUUAAACCAGACAUUAAGCGAGCAACAUCUGAAGCAGGUUUUGUGUUAUGGGAAAAUGGUCAACAAUUUCCUAAUUUACUGGAUCUUGGAGACGCUUAUAAACUAGCUGUAAGUAAUAGAGGAAGGCAGUUAUCUGGUAUGCUUGCUGAGCAAUGGCUUGGGAAGGAUUCUUCAAGAAUCAGUGAGGAUUUGAAGAUAUUGUUGUCACAACUAUCUGCUGCUCGGGGCACUGACCUAUCAGUAAAUGAUUUGAGUCCUAGAUUUUCUGUAAAUAGUGAUGAAGCUAAGACUUCUGAUGCUUCAAACUCUGCUGGAAUACAGAUACUUCAAAAGAGGGUCUCACUAGAGAGAAAUGAGUCUGGUCUCUCCCUGGAUGGAAGCAUUGUCAGUGAAAUUGAAGGUGAAAGUGUCGUUGACAGAUUAAAAAGGCAAGUAGAUCAUGGCAAGAAACUUGUGAGUGCUCUGUAUAAAGAGCUGGAGGAAGAAAGAAAUGCUUCUGCAGUUGCUGCAAAUCAAGCAUUAGCCAUGAUAACAAGGCUGCAGGAAGAAAAAGCGACACUGCAUAUGGAAGCUUUGCAAUGCCUAAGGAUGAUGGAGGAGCAGUCAGAGUACGAGACAGAAGCCUUGCAAAAAGCCAACAACCUUCUUGCUGAGAAGGAGAGAGAGCUGGAGGACCUGGAAGCAGAGCUUGAGUAUUUUAGGAGGAAAUAUCCUGAUGAGUCAAUAUUAGAGAAGUUGACUCAAUCAAGCUCUGAUAUGAAUGUGAAAGAUAUUGGUUUGGAUCAUCCAGAUUCUUCUCGUGCGGGAAACAAUGAAAGCAUUCAUAAUAUCUCAGACAAGCUAGGGUUAAACAUAGCUCUGGAGGAAAAGAAUAUGGAACCUGCGAAAAAUCCACAUGCGAAAAAUCCACAAUUGGAGUUUGAUAAUGAAAGAUUAUAUAUUUUGCAGGAGUUAAAGAAGUUGGAGAAGCAAGUGUAUGGCUUCAUAAAUGACUGCCAACCAACAGACAAUAGCAUAAAUUCUGAAUCUCAAGAAAAUUGUGGAAAGAUUGUCAAUAAUCAACCAAUGCAAGAUUCUGUUUCUUCGUCUGAAAUACCUCCAGUGUGCGAGGAGAAUGGUGAGCUUGAGUAUGAUGUGAUUGGCAGGUUGCGAGUUCUUGAGGCAGACCUGCGUUUGCUUGAGCAUACUAUCAACAUAAUGAGAAACAGAGAGGAAGGACUCGAGUUAUUGCGAGAAAUAGCAUAUCACCUGCAACAAUUGCGUGAGAUUGGGAUUAGAGAAAUAGACCGUCCUGAUAGUCCAGGCUUUAUUUUAUCAGGAAAGUUAGUACAAACUGCCAAUAUUUAAGCAUAAUAGCUCUAGUACGGAUGUUCCUGAUGUUUCACACUUGGGUAAGUUGGGCGAUAGCUUGUUUAUAUUUUUGCAGAUGGAAGCAGGAAAGUCAAUGCUAGUGCUCUGGGACUAGGAGGGAGGUAUAUUGUACUAUAGUGAACCAGGAUUCCGAGACUCAUCCCAACUGUACAGUAAAGAUAGUUUGUUUCCGCUCAAGACAGUAGUAAAUAGGGUCUUGAAUUGUAUGCAGCGUUUCUUUUUCCUCCGCCUUACAUUCAGUACCCUGCCUUUUUGUUGGGGUUCGUUUCAUUUUGCAUAGAGUAGGCGAGUUUUUCCUUUAGCCCAUUUCAUUUGCAUCGCAUUUGAGUUAUUGUUCAAUGACCAGAUCUUGGACUGUAAGAAUGUAUUUGGUGUCUUGUUGCAUCUGUGCUUUUGCCUGUUCAGAAAACUGCGAGUGGACCAACGUUAGUUUUUGUACUUUAAUUCUCUUCAAUUGUAUGCAAGAUGUCUCGGUUCUAUGGAUGUUUCCGUUUAGAGAAGUUUCAGGGCGUUGGCUUCAAGCGUGUGGGGAUAUGAAAUAUCGAAAUAGAAAUAAUCAUCUUCAAUCUUGUUCUGGUUCUGACUUCACGUCGAGUUCGUCAUCCCGAAGGAUUUAGUGCCUGAAAAAAAUGACAGAAAUGGGAUUUUACUGCACUCAUGUGAGUAUGUGAUCAGCGAUACUGUGUGGACGAACCAGACUGAUUAAACACAGUAUUUUUAAAAUUUUAAGGUUAAAAAAUGGAAUGGAGUGAAAUCAAAAUAGUCUCAAAUCA